AUGCAGCCUAACAUUGACUCCUUGUUUGGGGACCCUGUCGAAUCCAUCAAUGACGACGGCGACAAAGUUGGCCCCUUGGACUCUGCCGAUAUCCCUCCCCACCAUGAUGAUCCAGCAUACGGUCUCCAGUGGACCAGAGACGAUAGUUCUUUUCCCGUAAGACCUGAAUGGACUGUCGAACCGACAGUUGACUCUAUUAUCCUAACCCUCCAGAAAUUCGUUGAUCCAGAUAAGGAGUACAUAGUUCAGCAUUACUGGAAUGGACUGUAUAGUAAAAUAUACCGCGUCUCGUACGACGGGAUACGCCUCAUCUUGAAGGUGUCUCUACCGGUAUGUCCUAAAUCUAUGACAGAAAGCGAAGUUGCAACGUUGCGAUGGAUCGACGAAAACACCCGUCUACCCGUUCCUAAAGUUCGUCACUACGAUUCCUCACGGAACAACCCUAUAGGUUUCGAGUGGGUUUUGAUGGAUCGUAUAGACGGGAGCCCCCUUUCCCAAUGCUGGGAAUCUAUUACCCAAGGUGCCAAGGAACGCAUCGUCAAGCAAAUUGCCGAAUAUGCCGCUAUUUCAUUCACGAGACAAUUCAAAGGGAUUGGCAAUAUAUACCCUUCGGAAUCGCAUCAGUCUGAUCUACAACCUCGCUGGACGAAAUACCGCCUCCGUCUUAUUUCUGCCGAGCUUCGAUUAAGACUAGACGAGGCAACCGACGAAGACCAUCGCAAGACCAUAUCUAGUAUGCUAAAUCUCGUCGACCGUCUCCGAGAACUAGAAGACAAGUUCUUCACAGCUCCUAGACCUUCCAAUGAUAGCGCGCAACCAGUCUACGAGGAUGAGUCAACUGACGAGGAGGACAUAGAGACCAUCGACAAGAGCAACAAGCCAUAUGAGCCAACGAUGCUUUGGCAUGAUGACAUUUCUCUUGACAACAUUCUUGUCGAUGAGAACGGUAUACUCAUGGGUAUUAUCGGCUGGUCGUGUGUUUCAUGCCUCCCUAUAUAUGAAGCCUGCCAAUUCCCAGCCUUUCUGCAUCAGUCGUGGGAUAGGCCUCUUGAGCCGUUGACUCCUUAUAGUGUCACCCGAGCGCACUUAAAUAUCAAUGAGGAAGUUCGGAGCUACGGCAUAAAACUAAGACAGCACCAUCUAACCCUGCUUCGCCAAGUUUUUAUUGGUGAGAUGAUGCAGAAAUGCCAGGAAUGGGUUGAUGUCUUUUACAAUCAGAAACACCGGAGGGAUUACGAAGCCGCGGUGCAGAACUGUGAUAAUGAGUUCGCGUAUAAGAUUGUAGAGGAAUGGGUAGGUGCUGCAGAGGAACGAUCCGACUCGGAUAAGCCGCUUUGGUCGCUUCACGUACGUCUUAUGAGAUGAUAUGGGUUAAUUCAGGAUACAGUAGGUCCAUGAUACUGAGCCCUGAUUAAGGCAUUACUAUAGCAUUGUUUGGAAAGUCGAAACUCACGAAGGCGACAAUUCAAAUGACAAUGACAAUGCGAAUACGUUUACCGAAAAAAAUUUAUUCUUUCUUUUCUAAUUAUGAUAACUCUAUAACUCAUAAAUUCCAAAUGCCAG